AUGACACUCCUUUUGAGAGAUGACCGAAACGAUGGAGAACGCAAAGCUGCAACGCAACAACGAAACAACAUACAUCAAGAAGCCCACACAACAAGCCAGAAUCCAGCCAUUCGGCUUGUAUCCACAAUCACAAUGGCUCGACGAGGGAAAAAAUCAACGCGAAAGAAUCGAGAUUCCACAGUUACGGCCUCCUCUACCGAAACGUCGUCAUCAACCGAGGAAGCUGAUACCAGUAAUGGGUUUUUGCAAAAAUGGCGAGAUCUGCCCCCGUAUUUUUGGGUGGGAGGCGUAGUUGUGCUGCUGGCAGUGGUGGUACUAUUGGUUGUCGGGAGUGUUGGUUCAUCCAACAAAGCUAGACUACGACAACAGCAGCAAUCAGCGACAACGACUGCAGCCUGGAGGCAACAUUUUAGUUGGAUGAAGAAGGGGGAUUCAGGACCAUUUGUGACAUUGCUUCCUGGAGAGCUUCCGGGAUACACUGGAUGGGCACGACCUGCGGCGACUCUGGCCAAGUAUUUUCAGUUGGACGAAAAUUUUUAUAUUGCUGAGCCAGUAGAGGCAGGGAAACCUUGGGAAUUGAAGGUUUGGUGCUUGGAGGCAGAAGAAUGUGCAAAUGGAGGAGCUUUGUUUUUUGUUCGGGCCUACGGACCCUCAGUCUUGGCAGGUCAAGUGCAGGAUGAAAAAGAUGGAAGUUACAUCAUUACCCUGCUACCCAAAGAUCCAGGGCCAUAUACACUGGAGGUGGUGUUGACAUUCUCCAAUCCAGACCAUAUUGGGCAAUUCCCCUUGCCGGAGGGUCAACCAGAGCCAGCCUAUGAGGGAUAUCUACUACCUGGGUUUCCUAUUCCCUUCUUGGUUGUAGAAGGAAGCGAAUACAAGAGCAAUCUAGAAGCAAGCUACAAAUCACUGCCAGUUUGUGCAAUGGACGAACUACUGGAAACGUCCGCUACCAGCGCCUUGGAAAAAGCUCGGUGGGUUGUUACAGAUAAGAUCAAUCAACCCAACCAUGUUGAUAAUCAUCUCUACAGAGACCAGAUCACAUUCCCAGGCUAUGAAGUAUCAGAGAAUUCAUUGGGAAUAAUGAUGGAUUAUCGGCAUGACACAUGUCGGAUUCUACCCCACAUAGCACCAAAGCAUCCUCAGAAUCCACUGAAUAUGUGUACAGAGGCCAACGGCCCUCUACAUUUCAUCUUUAUCGGAGAUUCAAAUAUGAAACUGCAGCGUAAUCUGUUUGAGACCAUGUUCCUGGGCCUACCAGAGGAUCAACGAGAAAAAUCACGCUACAACGAACACAUGAUUCGGGCCUCCUAUCUUGACCUGACCGGAGGAGCACUAAGGAGCAACCUGAUUGGAGGACAUGAUCACAAUGUCACUCGGUUCUUUCAGACAAUAUUGGCGCGAAAAGAUGAAUCGCUGGAAAAGCCAGAACGAUAUGUUGUGCUGUUCAAUACUGGCAUGCAUGACAUUCAUCGACUUUGCAGCCAUGAAUUUGCAGCUGAUAGGAUAGCCUAUCUGGGAGAACAAGCCACUGAUGCUGAACAUGGAUUUCACUGUGUCAUGCAUUAUCGUUAUGCAAUUGAAGGACUUGCUACAGAAGUGCUCAACUUUCCCGCUGACCUUCGAGUGUUUCAAUCAACAACUGCUGGCUGGCCAAAAUAUGGUAACUGGGGGGUUGUUUGGCCACCAGAAAGCGCUCAAAACAUGCCAGUGGCAACUGAAUUCAUUGAUUUUUUCAAUGAUGUUGCCUAUGAGGUCGUGAAAGAUUCCUUCCCCACGAUUAAUAUCAUGGAUGGGUACUGGGUCAGCUAUGCUCGUCCAGACAAUCGAGAGAUCAACUUGGGAAAGAAGAAGGCAUUGGAGAAGAAGUUAUCCCACCCUGGAAUUGAGGUGGUUUCAGCCAUGCUCAGAACAUGGAUCACAAUUGUUACUCAGUCAGACCUGUGCAAGGAAGACGACUAG